UCCCUCGUCGCGGAACUUCCCCAGCAACAGAGAGAGUCGCUCUUUCGAUCCAAUUGAGCUAGCUCUUUGUGUAGCCUGUUGUUGACUUGAGAUACCCCCUCCAAAUCCGGCAAGAUGUGCGGCAUUCUCGGCCUCAUCCUCGCCGACUCAUCCAGUGCCGAUGCUGCUGUCGACCUGCACGAGAGUCUCUACUACCUCCAGCACCGCGGCCAGGAUGCUUGUGGCGUGGCGACGUGCGCGACCGGUGGGCGGAUAUUCCAGUGCAAGGGCAAUGGCAUGGCGUCCAAGGUGUUUGAGGAUGGCAAGCGUGUUGCGGACCUGCCCGGGUACAUGGGCAUUGCCCACCUGCGGUAUCCGACAGCGGGAACAAACUCGAGCGCCGAGAGCCAACCGUUCUACGUCAAUUCCCCCUACGGCAUCUGCUUCGCGCACAACGGCAACCUGAUCAACGCCGGCGAGCUGCGAGACUACCUCGACAAGGAGGCCCACCGCCAUGUCAACACCGAUUCAGACAGCGAGCUGAUGCUCAAUGUCUUCGCCAAUGCCCUGAACGAGACGGGUAAGGCCCGUGUCAAUGUCGAUGACAUCUUCAGCUCCCUGGCCCAGACAUACGAGCGCUGCAAGGGCGCCUGGGCCGCCACGGCCAUGAUCGCGGGCUUCGGCAUCCUCGCUUUCCGCGACGCUUUCGGCAUCCGCCCCCUGAUCAUGGGCAGCCGGCCGUCGGCCACGAUCGAAGGCGGUACGGACUACAUGCUUUCGUCGGAGAGUAUUGCCCUCCGGCAGCUGGGGUUCCGUAACUUCCAGGACAUCCUCCCAGGCCAGGCCGUGUUCAUCCAGAAGGGCGGCAAGCCGCAGUUCCACCAGGUCGCCGAGGCGCAAGCGUACUCGCCCGACAUCUUCGAGUACGUCUACUUCGCCCGGCCCGACACCAUCAUGGACGGCAUCUCGAUCAACACCAGCCGGCAGAACAUGGGCGCCAAGCUGGCCGACAAGCUGCGCGAGGUGCUGGGCGAGGAGGGCGUCAAGGAGAUCGACGUCAUCAUCCCGGUACCCGAGACGAGCAACACGGCGGCGGCCGUCGUGUCGGAGCGCCUCAGCAAGCCCUUCUCCAACGGCUUCAUCAAGAACCGCUACGUCUACCGCACCUUCAUCCUGCCGGGCCAGAAGGCCCGCCAGAAGAGCGUGCGCCGCAAGCUGAGCGCCAUGGAGUCCGAGUUCAACGGCCGCGUCGUGUGCCUGGUCGACGACUCCAUCGUGCGCGGCACCACUAGCAGGGAGAUCGUCAGCAUGGCGCGCGAGGCCGGCGCCCGCAAGGUCAUCUUUGCGAGCUGCGCGCCGCCCAUCAAGCACCCCCACAUCUACGGCAUCGACCUGGCGACCCCGCAGGAACUGAUCGCGCACGAGAAGACGCGCGAGGACAUCGCGCGGCACAUCAACGCCGACGACGUCAUCUACCAGGACCUGGACGACCUCAAGGCCGCCUGCAUGGAGGUCACCCCCGGCGGCAAGGUCGAGGACUUCGAGGUCGGCGUCUUCUGCGGCCAGUACAAGACCGAGGUGCCCGAGGGCUACUUCGAGCACCUCAACCAGAGCCGCGGCAAGAAGCGCAAGAUGGCCGAGGGCGCCGCCGCCGCCGCUGCGCACACCGCCGUCGGCAAUAGCGGGCCCGUCAAUGUUGCUGCCAAGCGCGCGCUGGUCGAUGGCGGUGGUGUUGCGGUGCAGCCCGCUUCGGCUUCGGCUUCGGCUUCGGCUGCUGCGGCGGCGGCGGCGGAUGGUGGUGGUGGUGGUCAUGCGGAGCUGGCGAAUGGGGAGGAUAGGAAUGCGGGCAUGGCGAACCCGAAUAACAGGCAGGAUAUUAGCCUACACAACUGGGCGAACGAGCCAACGCCGCAAUAAAUCCCCCCCCCCCCCCACCGGGGUGUUUGGCGGUUGACAUCCUCUCCUUG